GUUCUAGUGACUUGGAUCCAAUAAAUUAUCUGGUAGAAGAAAUCCAGUAUUUAGUUGUCUGCAGUCAAUUAAGUCGGGUCGUAAAAAAUGGCAAAAAUUAUUUUAGUGCUUUUAGUGGCUGUGAUCGCCCAGUGCCUCAGCCAACCCGUUUUUCUUCACGACACAGUUAAAUGCUACGACAGGGAGUGUCCCGGAACAACGGUGGCUUGCAAAAAAACAAUAAAAACUAGCGAUGAUAAGAAGCAGUUGUCAACGAUUAUUGCCUGUUUAGAUGCUCAAGAUAUGACUUUAAAAGACUUUAGAGAAGAUGUGGAAAAUCCUUUUGGUCCGUCGACAACAUUCUACAGCUCAUCGUUCUCAGGAACUUACGUCUCCCACAGCAAAGGACCAGUUAAUGUAAACAUUAAUAACGAGAUUGAACCAAUAAACAAUGUGGAAACAUUUGAAUAAAAUACUAGUAAUUAAUAAUAAAGACAGGUGUUUAUGAAUAA